AUGAAAGAAGCACUCGUUAGCAAAGGGACCAUAGUCCAAAUCGUGGACUCCCCCGUCCCGACACCCAACGACGACCAGGUCCUCAUCAAAGUGAUCGUCUCGGGCUGCAACCCCAAGGACUGGAAGCUCCCCGACAUCUUCGACAACUCCUUCAACCAAGGCGAUGACAUCGCCGGCAUCGUCGAAAAGGUUGGUGCCAAUGUCUUCGAGUUCAAGCCAGGCGACCGCGUGGCGGCCUUUCACGAGAUGCGAACGCCCGGAGGCAGCUACGCCGACCCUGGUCCCCCUCCCCAACACCCCCUUUCACCAACCCCCCUCAUAAUCUACGGCGCCGCCACCGCCGUCGGCACCUUCGCCAUCCAGCUCGCCCAGCGCAGCAACAUCCACCCGCUGCUCUGCGUGGCGGGGCGCGCCAGCGCUUACGUCUCCAGCCUUCUGGACCCCGCGCGCGGCGACGCCGUGAUCGACUACCGCGGGGGCGACGAGGCCGUGGUGAGCGGGCUGGUGGAGGCGCUGCAGAGCAGGGGGUUGGCGGUGGCGCAUGUGCUGGAUGCGGUGGCGGAGGGGGGGAGUAUUGAGAACGUGGCGGAGGUGUUGAGGAGGGUGGGGAGGAAGAAAGGGGGGGAGGUGGUGGAUGCGAGGGUGACGUUCGUGUUGGGCGGGGAGAAGGAGGGGUUGCCGGAGGGGGUGGACAAGAGUAUCACGCUGGUGGGGGAUGUGCAUAAUGGGGCGGAGGACUUUGGGUAUGUGUAUUAUCGGUAUUUUGCGCGGGGGUUGCAGGAGGGGUGGUUCAAGCCGCAGAGGAGUGAGGUGGUCCCGGGGGGGCUGGGGGGUGUGCAGACUGGGCUGAGAUGGUUGAAGGAGGGGAAGGCGAGUGGGGUGAAGUAUGUUUUUAGGAUUGGUGAGACGGAGGGUGUUGAGCGGUAG